GUUGUACUGAAUCCCGGAUACACAGGUAAAUAAAAGGUACGUUUGUACUGAAUCCUGGAUGUACAGGUAAAUAAAAGGUACGGUUGUACUGAAUCCUGGAUGUACAGGUAAAUAAAAGGUACGGUUGUACUGAAUCCUGUUGGCGACGUCGAACGUUGCAACAAACCGUGAACCGCCUGUGCGUUUAAAAGCUUUCAACCAAUCAGCAGCGAGCACGAGAAUACGUUCAUUCUAUUGGUGCACUGCGGCAAUCCGGGUUCCAUCGUAAAAAUCCCGUUUAGUAUCCGAAAGGUACCAAUAUGGCGGAGGCUUCCUUGGGAAGUACAAGCCCAGUUGGCUCUUUAUCAUCGGAAGAUCACGAUUUCGACCCGACAGCGGACAUGUUGGUCCACGAUUAUGACGACGAGCACACUUUAGAGGAAGAGGAGAUGCGAGAAGGGGCAUCAAACGGGAGUUCUGAGAUAGCAGAUCUGGAGAAGGAGGGGAACAUGCCAUUGGAAGAGCUGCUUGCCUUGUAUAGGUAUGAACCAUCAGUCAGCGCUGUUGGAGGUUCGAGUGCAGACAGCUCUUCAGUCGAACUGACAGACGAGUUACCUGACAUGACAUUAGACAAGGAGGAGAUUGCUAAAGAUCUGCUGUCUGGGGAUGAUGAAGAAACCCAGUCUUCUGCUGAUGACCUCACACCAUCGGUGACUUCGCACGAAACAACCGAUUUCUUCCCUAGAACUCUUCGCUCCAACACUAUUUAUGAUGGAGACAAAGAGUCUGAAGGUGAGGAGGACGGUCUGAACACUGAGGAUUCUCGAAAGGAAAUAAUGGUUGGAUCUCAGUAUCAAGCUGAAAUUCCCUCCCUUACCUCUUAUAAUGAACACGAGAAGGUUUAUGAGAAUGAUGAUCAGUUACUGUGGCGGCCCGACGUACUACCGGAGUCCAAAGUGAAAGACUUUUUGCACGAAGCCACCUUUUUGUGUGCUGGUGCCGCUAUACGGGAUAGAAAAGGUCUCGUUAAAGACAACGAACAGGCUUUGUAUGAGCUUUUAAGAUGCAACUACAAUGUCCAUGAAGCUCUUGAAAGGUAUCGCAGCAAAGAAAAGUCCUCAAAGGAUGAAACACUCCCGUGGACUGAAGAAGAAUGCAGAAACUUUGAACACGCACUUCUUUUGUAUGAGAAGAAUUUCCACCUCAUUCAGAAACACAAAGUACACACGAGGACUGUGGCAGAAUGUGUUGCGUUUUACUACAUGUGGAAAAAGUCAGAACGCUUCGACUUCUUCGUCCAACAAAACCGGUUUGGAAAAAAGAAGUUCAGCAGCUAUCCUGGUGUAACGGAUCUGAUGGACCGGCUGGUGGAUGAAGCCGAGGGUCUGGUGGACAGCUCGGGCUCUGUCUGCUCCAGCAGCAGCGGCAGGAUAGAGGCCUCAGCUGACCAGCAGCUCAAUCUCCUCAACUCCAUCACCGCCAGCGAUCUCUCUGCGUUAACCAGCAGCGUGGCGUCAGUGUGCAACCCGAGCGACGUGGGCUGCCUGGACUCGUAUAGCUUCUCUCCACUCGAUGGCCUCCACCGUGCUUCCCUGAGCCACAGCGAGCCGCUCGGCUUCUCUGGCAGCGGAGAUGGAGACUGCCUCAACCUCCUGGACGCUGGCUUCUACCAUUCGGAGCUGGGGCAGCUGAACGUGUGUGGUGAGGAUUGCGAGAGGCCUCCAGCUAAGAGGCUCAAGAUGGGCCUGUCCGAGCCAUUCCUCAACGAGCGCAGCAUGGCCGUGGACUUCACCAGCACCAAAAUGGCCGUGUCCGUUACUGACUUCAGCGAUUCAGGCAGCUACCUAGCGAGCCACGCGCUACAUCAGCACACGGCGCUGCAGUCUGAGUGAAAACAAAACUCCUCACACAACUGCACACUCGGACCAUGUACAUAGCCGCUCACUGGAAAUUCUAUUCCUUUUGUUUUUUUUUACAUUGUUUUUUUUUUUUGUGUGUGUGUGUGUGUGUGUACAGAAUCCUUUUUUACUAUGACAUCAGUGAUGUCUUAUUGUACAGACCUUAAUCUUGAGUUCUCAAGAGUUAAUAACAGCCAUUUAUUUUCAGCCCGUAAUAUUUUGGAACGUGUCCCCUGUCCUGUCCGAAUACUGUGGUGGGGUGAAAAGGUCAACUUCAUGAUCAGUAGAGUUCCCACAGGAAAAUGCGGAAACCUUUUUUUUUCGUUUCACGUGUCCCGCAACUUAACAGCGAUCUCUGCUGUGGCGCAUCUUAGUACCCGAGAUCUGCCGAGCGGUACCCACACCCUGCAUCACGUAGCGUUUACCUGCGGACUCCGAAACGUUUUGAAAUGGGUUUUAUUUGGCGCAAAAAUAUUUUCUUUUGGGGGGGGGUGUUGUGGAGCCACUGUGCCUCUUGAAGGAGCACUUCUCUGGGCUGCAGCUACCUGUGAAUGUUCAUCGUUAUUAUCGAUGUGCAUUCCGGUGGCCCUGCGAUUAAUGCUUCAGACUCUGUUUUGAGAAAUCCAUAUUACAGUUCCUUCAACUGCUCCUCUUAUUUUAUAUCCAGUCACUUGAUUUAUUAUAACUAAUAUUUAUACAUUUUUAUCAAUGAUCAGUAAUUAUCGUUUUCUCCCAUCAUAUUGGAGUACUUUAUUUUUUCGAGAUCUUCUCAUCAGUCAGACAAUAGGAGAACUGCUCUACAGUUUGAACAUUUCUUUUAAUGUUUGUUUUGUGGUGGUGGUGUUUGUAGUGGUUGAUCACUUUUUUUGGGGGGGGGGGCAAGGGGUAUUUAUUUGCUCUAAACACCAUCGGACUGCACAUUGUUCACUAAACCUGACGGCAAACUUUAGCUGUACUCUUUUUAAAUUUGUGAAAUUUGCUGGCACAUGUCCUUUUUCUGUGUUUCUACGUGUUCUGUCCCGUUCUGUUGCCUUGAGUGACUGCGUAUUUUGAAGUAGAAUCGUUUGCAUGGGAAUCUUUAGCAAGCUUGUGCUAAGUAGUUGCAGGCGUUAUUUGGGAUGUUUUUUUUGUUUUUGUUUGUUUGGAUUAGCUCAUCCCUGUACUCAAUUAUGUAUAUAUUUAUAUUUCUGUGUGUGUGUGUGUGUGUGUGUGUGUGUGUGUGUGGCCCCAGGUUCUCAUGGUCACUGCCAGGAUGUUCCCCCUCUAUAAAGAAGUGGAAGGUCGUACUGCUAUGCUAGAUACCUAAACGAUCUACAGAGCGAUCGCACUAAAUUGAUCUAUGCAUUUAUUCAUCAUUUCAACUCGCACAUGGUUGUAGAUUAUUUGACCAAACGGAUAGAUUUAAAUAUUAACUUUCAACCCACAUAUCGGUAGACCAUCUUCCCUCAUACAGUGAGCUUGUUUUAAGCUCGGCCCUUCACCUCCUGUACUGACAUGAUCAUGUGUGUUUACCUCAAUCUUUUUUUCUUUUUUCCCUUUCCUCUCUCCACGAAUUCCUGCGUACUCUCACACGGCAAUAAUUUGUAAAUAUGUACAGAUGCGGACGUAAAAAAAAAACCUUCCCACAUUCUCUUCCUCGGCAAACAGACUUCAACUUGAAAAUAAUUCUGUGCUUUUUUUUUUUUGUAUUUUUUUUUUUUUUUUUGAGUCUGUAACUUGAGUAUUCCACAGAAAUGCCUUUACUUGCUUUACCGUUUAGCCGAUUAUAUAUAUAUAUAUAUAAAUAUAUCUAUUUUUUUUCUGUCGGAUUUGCUUUACAAGAGAUUUGCUUAAGAAAAAAAGAAGUUAUUUAUUUAUUUAUUCACUUACACUGCAAGUAGGUGUAGUGUGUUUUUUGAGGAUCAGUACACGGCGUGUGCGAAGAUCUCGGACCUCAGCGAUUCAGCGCCGUGGUCCACGUGCAGGCGGCAGAUGACGUGUGCGCUGUCUUCACACCGGAAUUAGUGAAGUAGUUGAAUGUACAGUAUUACUACGUCUUAAGGGUUUACUGAACUCGUCUGAAGAGAGAGAAUGUUUUGCUGGUUAAGGCACGGCCCUAGUUUGCAGUUUUGCCUUAACAUUCAUUACUCGUUCAGAAACCUUGCAUGUUCAAUCUACCUGGGGAAAAAACACCUGCAGAAACAACGGCCUCUCCAAGUGAUGGAUGUUUUCUAGAUUGAAAGCGUUCGCUGAAGAUUUUUCACGAAUUGAGAGAACGACUGGAGUGGUUGUUAACAUUCAUUUCCUGUACUUGAGGCCAGAAUUCUCCAUUUUGUUUGUUUUUCGUUAGAUACUUGAAGGAUGUGCAUCGAUGCCAUUAUUUAAUACACUUAAAAGGAAAAAAAAAAACAAUACUCGAGUCCUGUAGGUUGUGCAAUUCAUUUCUCCUGUCCCUCCAAGGAUUAAGCAGAGCUUUAGGAAGUUGUGUUGAAGUAAUUUAUUCCUGUCCAAAGUUUGUAUGAAAGUACUAGCUUUUUUUUUGGUAAAUGUAGUGAUGGUUGAUUUUACUUCCAGAGGCAUACAGAUUUAUUGUAAAUGUAGAGACCCUCCUUAUCAGAAUAAUGUUAUGUUUAGUAAAUGUUAAUUUUUCAUACAUUGACUGCUGGGGGAAAACAAUAAGCAUUACAGUAAAAUAAAUUAUUUAACACUUAUUUUGGUGUAAAAGAAUUCUAGUGUUAAAUAGACAAUCAAACAGCAAUUAUUCAAAAAGGAAAUUUUAUCAUUCAUAAUGUUUGUACAUAGACAUUGUUUCUGUUGGUUAUUAUUUUGUAUUUUAUGUUAUACUUAAAUAACUGGCAAAACAGUUCCAGGAAUAAAGUUCUGGAAAUAUUA